AUGUCCGUCAAGGGAAGAGAGACUAAAUCCGCCGUCGGAGGCGCCCAUCGCUCCAUCCAAGACCUCUUCGGGAUGGACGAGCGAACUGUUUUGAUCACCGGCGGCGGCGGCGCAAUGGGAUUAGAAGCGGCGCGCACGAUUCUCGAAACCGGCGGCGACGUGAUCUGCCUCGAUCGACAGGACGAACCUCUCGUCGAGCCAUGGAAAACGGUCGAAGAAACCGCCUCCCGCCAUGCCACCAAAGCAUGGUACUUCCGAUGCGACAUCAGCGAUGACGAGCACGUCCGCGCGACCGUCGCCACUGCGGUCUCCGGCGCGCGGUUCCCCUUGCGCGGGCUGCUCUGCUGCGCCGGCAUCAGCGGCGAAGCGCCCUCCAUCGAGUAUCCCGUCCAAGGCGUCCGCCGCGUGAUGGACGUCAACGUCGCGGGAACGUUUGCGUGCGCGCAGGCAGCCGCACGCGAGAUCAGGAAGCACGGGCUGCCCGGCAGUAUGGUGUUGAUUGCGAGUAUGAGUGCGCAUGGGUCGAAUAAGGGAAUCGACACCGCCGCCUACAACGCGUCCAAGGCGGCGAUCGUGCAGCUGGUGCGCUCGCUGGCGGCCGAAUGGGGCAGUCGAGUCGAUAUCCCUCUCAUCCGCGUGAAUUCCAUUUCGCCCGGGUACAUCAGGACGCGCAUGACGGUGGACUCGCUGGCGGAGCCGGGCAUGGAGGAGCGAUGGACCCAGGAUAACAUGCUGAUGCGCUUGAGUGAGGCGCAUGAGUAUCGCGGCGCUAUCUUGUAUUUGCUCAGUGACGCAAGCAGCUUUGUGACGGGGGCGGACCUGAGGGUUGACGGAGGACACACGGCAUGGUGA